GUCCGACCGUCGUAUAUAAACGGACACCGGAUGUUCAGAAUGGAAUACUUUCAUCUUUUUCUUUUUUUCUUUUCUUUACUUCUCCACAUCCAAAGAUGGCUUCUGUCAGUGCUGCUUUGAAAUCCCGUGUUCGUCGCCCACAACUCCUCAACAAGGUCAUGAAGGCCGAGGAAACCCUUCCCUACUUCCAGAAUGGCCAAUACCUCGGCUGGUCCGGUUUCACUGGUGUCGGUUACCCCAAGAUGAUCCCUACUGCUCUUGCUGACCACGUUGAAUCCAACAACCUCCAGGGCAAGAUGAAGUUCAACCUUUUCGUUGGUGCCUCCACCGGUGCAGAGACUGAGGACCGUUGGGCUGGUCUCGACAUGAUCGACCGUCGUUACCCCCAUCAGGUCGGUAAGAACAUCAAGAAGGGUAUUAACGAAGGUCGCAUCCGUUUCGCCGAUAAGCACUUGUCAAUGUUUCCUCAGGAUCUUUUGUAUGGUUACUACACCAAGGACAAGGCCAACAACAAGCUUGACGUUGUUAUUGUCGAGGCUACCGCUAUUACUGAAGAUGGUGCCAUUGUACCCGGUGCAUCUGUUGGUGCCACUCCCGAACUUCUCCAAAUGGCUGACAAGGUCAUCAUUGAAGUCAAUACCCGCAUUCCUUCGUUCGAAGGUCUUCACGACAUUGUCAUGGGAGACGCUCCCCCUAACCGCAAGCCCUACUUGAUCAUGAGCACCGAGGACAGAAUCGGCUCGACUGCCAUCCCGAUUGAUCAGGAUAAGAUUUUGGCCAUUGUUGAAAGUGAUCGUCCGGAUAACACCGGCCCCAACUCGCCUUCUGACGAUACCUCUGAGGCUAUCGCUGGUCACUUGAUCGAUUUCUUGAGCCACGAAGUCAAGCAAGGCCGUCUUCCCGAAAACCUGCUGCCUCUUCAGUCCGGUAUCGGUAACAUUGCCAAUGCCGUUAUUGGCGGUUUGGCCAAGUCGCCCUUCAAGGAUGUCACUGUCUUCACUGAGGUGUUGCAGGACACUUUCCUCGAAUUCUUCGACUCUGACAAGCUCAAGUUUGCCAGUGCUACAUCGAUCCGUUUCUCGCCAGAAGGUUUCGAUCAGUUCUACAACAACUGGGAACAGUACAAGGAUCGCUUGUUGUUGCGCUCGCAGCAGGUCUCCAACUCUCCCGAAGUUAUCCGUCGCUUGGGCUCCAUUGCCAUGAACACCCCUGUCGAAGUUGAUAUCUAUGCCCAUGCCAACUCCACCAUGGUCUGUGGCUCCGGUAUGCUCAACGGUCUUGGUGGCUCUGCCGAUUUCUUGCGUAACGCCAAGUUGAGUAUCAUGCACACCCCCUCCGCUCGUCCCUCCAAGAAGGACCCUACCGGUAUCUCGUGCGUUGUUCCCUUCGUCACCCACGUUGACCAGACCGAACACGACUUGGAUGUCAUUGUCACUGAACAGGGUCUUGCUGACUUGCGUGGUCUCUGCCCCCGCGACCGUGCCCAGGUUGUCAUUGACAAGUGUGCACACCCUGACUACAAGCCUAUGCUCCAGGAUUACUUUGACAUGGCUACCAAGAAGUGCUUGGCUGCUGGCCGCGGUCAUCAGCCCCACAUGCUUGAAAAGGCAUUCAAGAUGCACACCAACUUGAUGGAGAACGGUACCAUGAAGCUCGAUUCAUGGUAAAGAAAUUACACAACACCAACGAAAAGUAAUCGCCUCAACAACAUAGAAAAAAGCAUAUCUAUUUUACAAUUCUCCUCCCCCGGUUUCCAUCUCAUUGCAAUCACCUUGUACAUAUAUCAUUCUGUAAACUCAACAAUAAACCACCGUUUAAUCGGUUAUUGCUGGAACAAAAUCUUCUUCCGGG